AUGUCUGAUAAGAAGAGAAGACAAGAGGAAUCAACCAGUGGUGAGAAAACAAAUGGAAAAUCCCCAUUAAUUAAACUAUUAAGUUGCCAGAGAUGCCGAUCUAGAAAGGUAAAAUGUAACUUUGAGUACCCUUGUUCGAACUGUCUUAAGGUAGGCGCAGCUUGCGUUCAGGUCACUAAUGAUAAAAGAAAGAGACGACCGCCAGCAAACUAUGUUUCCAGCUUGGAGAAGAAAGUUCAAAAAUUUGCUGAGUUUUUCGAAAAGUUCAAGAGUUUAAACUCAAUUGAUGAAAAACAACAGUUAUUAGAAAGAACAGAUCUAAUAGAUGAUCACUAUCCUCAUAUCAGGAAUGAAGUGUUCAAUGCCCUGUCUGAAGAUCACCUGGGUGACAGGGCUGUUUAUGGCCCAACCAGUGUAUACGAUGACAGCUUGAUUCCUCACAGUUCUAAAAUAUGGCGAAAUGAUGAAGCAGCCAUAAAUCUUUUGAAUAAGGAUCCAGACAUAUUAGAGUCUUUACAAUUAUUUUUUAAAUGGCAAUAUCCGGAUCAUAACAUGUUUCUUUUCAGAGAAUCAUUCUUGACCGACUUUUUCAGUCCUAAAUCAGAUAGCCUUUACUGUUCGAGGGUCUUGGUCUUGAGCGUAUGUGCCUUAGGCUCAAGAAUGUCAUCCAAAGAAAAGGUUUACGAAAAAUCAUUGCAAUAUUACAGUGAGGCUAAGAACUCAUUGCUUGGGCAGCUCAAUCAACCCUCAAUAACGUCAUUACAAGGUUUUUUGUUAUUAGCAUUUUACGAUAUCUGUCAGGGGUUUAAUUCCAGCGCGUGGAUGUUAUCAGGAAAUGCGAUGAGAAUGGGCUUUGAUUUGGGUUUUCAAUUGAAUCCAAAGGUAUGGUUUUUUAAAUCAAAAGAUAAUUUGACCCAGUUAGACAUAGCAAUAAGAAGUCGGAUUUACUGGGGUUGUUAUGUGGCAGAUCACUUUUUAAGUUUACUUCUAGGAAGACCGUCUUCUUUGAAGAUGUCGGAUGCAACAAUUCCAGAGACAAAGAACUUACCUGAUUUAGAAUGGAUAAAAGAAUACACGUAUUCGAGGACUGAAGACACUAUCGACACAGCGAACAUUUCGAAUCCCUUGAGAAAAAUUAUCAAUUUGAUUAAUAUAUCUGAUAAUAUUUUAAAUGACAUAUUCACUAAAUCUGAGUUCGAAAGCAAGCCUUCCAAUAAUGAAGAUUUGAAUCUAGUUUCGAGGCUAAAAAAGCUAGAUGAAUAUAAUACACAAAUUAUGAGUUGGAAAAGAUCUCUCCCAGAUGAUUUACAAUGGGAUAGAGAAAGCUUGAAGAAGACUGCGCAUAUUCCUACCUUAGGGUGCAUCAGAUAUUAUUAUUAUAUUUUAAUAUUAUGUCUUAAUCGCCCAUUCAUUGGAAUAACAAAGAGGGCUGCUGACGAUGAUGAGUUGAUCCCAUCGGUUAUAUGUUCAAAUGCAAUUGAAGAUUUGUAUGGCGCGAUUGAUCGUUUUCAGUCCAUCCAUGGAUUACGAAGAGCAUCUAUAUUUAUUGUUUACUGUUCAAUUUUAUCAAUCUCGAUUAUUCUAUUAAACAGUAGUAGUGAUGAAUUAUUGAAAGAAAGAAAUAAGCUCCAAUUUUUUAUGGAUAUCUUGAAGGGUUGUUCAAAAACAUGGAAGUUAGCUGAGAAGUCGUAUAAAAUCAUUGACAUUAAACUUAAAUCAAAGCUCGCUACUGCUCAAGAGAAACAUAAUAUUAGCUCUACUGAAACAUUGUUGCCUUCUCAAGAAGGAAAUGAGACUAUUAACCAUGAUCCGACUUCCAAACAAAAUGGAAUGCCAUCUUUACAUCAAUCCGAAAUUCUUUUUAAGGAAAAUGGUGUAGCUUCAAUGUUGAAUGAAAAAAGUUCAUUGAAAAACGUUGAGCAUAUUUAUAACUUCGAAGAAACCGCCUUGAAACCCAAGAAUAAUCGCUCGUCGCCGAAGCCGGACAACUAUUUCAAGUCGUUAAAUGAACAGAACACUGAUUUAUUGUUCGAUGAAAACUUGGAAUUUUUUGGAGGUCCUCCAGUUUUAAUGACGUCUGAUUUAUUUAAUCAAGAUUGGGAAUCUUUAUUUCCUGACUCUGUUUUCAAAACCUGA